AUGCCCGAUCUGUCCAGUACCGCCACCGGUACAGCUGGCGAUUUCCUCCAACGUGCGUACGCCCUCGAUGGUGCAGCGGACUCGGAACAGCUGUACAAAGAGUGGGCAUCAUUAUACGACACACAUCUCGGAGAAAUGCAGUAUGCUUCUCCUCAGCGAGCAGUCGAAGCGCUUCUCCAGCAUCUGGAUUCCAAGUCGCAAGAAGCUCUUACGGUCCUUGACGCCGGCUGUGGGACUGGCCUGGUUGGUGAAUGUCUCCAGCGAUCUUCUUUUCCGGGAAAGUUCAUGAUUGAUGGCCUGGACAUCACGCCUGGAAUGCUACAAGUCGCUCGCAACAAAGCUCUCUAUCGAGACCUCGAAGUCGCCGAUCUGACAAAGCCUAUCAAUCGUUCCGAUGGCUCUUACGGAGCCGUGCUCUGCGUGGGAACCCUCACGAAGGGACACGUCGGACCAGCUGUUCUCCGCGAAUUCGCUCGAGUUUUGAGGAUUGGCGGACUGAUUGUUGCAACGAUUCAUGACGAGAUCUGGGAGAGCGGAGGGUACAAAAGUACUGUCACAGACCUUGGAAGAUCUGGAGCUGUGGAGAUUGUUAGUACGGCUGCAUUCGGCAUGCUGAACGACAGUAGCGAAGCCGGCCGAAUGGUCGUUCUCAAGAAACGAAGCUAG